AUGAUUCGACAUUUAAAAACUAAGCAUCACCUUGACAGAUUAGAGACUGAGGAGGGAUCUAAUUCUCAGUCCCAAACAUCAACUUCAUUGUCAUCAUGGGUUGUACCAUCUGCUGAUGUUGAAGACAGGAAAAUGGAAUUGGACAUGGCAGUUGCCGAUUUAGUUGUUAAAGAUUUGCAACCAUUUAGUAUUGUGGAGGAUAAGGGCUUUCAAGCAUACACUCGGAUGUUAAAUCCAAAAUAUAGUCUCCCUACUCGGAAGACACUGAAGAGAUUAGUGGAGAACAUGUAUGAAGAAACGAAAUGGCAGUCAUAUACACUUCAAACAGAGAAGGUUAGUAGAAGUUAUACGGGUGCCACUUUGGCAAAUACAUUAAAAAGAAUAUUUCGUGAAUGGAAUAUAGAAAGUAAAGUAAAAUAUGUUAUCACUGAUAGUUCUCCAAAUAUGCUUGCUGCAAUUCAAGAUUUUGGUAGUGAUGUGACAAGCAUUUCAUGUUUUGCUCACACAUUAAACUUAGUAGUUAACAGUAGUUUAACAGAAUUUGAACCAUUAAUUAAUAUUCGCCAGAAAUGUCGAGAUGUAGUAUCACAUUUUAAAUCAAGUUGCUUAGCAAGCGAUAAAUUGACUGAAAUUCAGAGUGCACUUGGCAUAGAAAAACAUAAAUUAAUUUUAGAAGUAGAAACACGUUGGAAUUCAACCUAUGAAAUGUUUGAAAGGUUACUGCAGCAAAAGCAUGCGGUAACAGCAGCGUUAUCAUAUUUUGAUGUUCCUUUCGAACUGUUAACCGCGAGUGAAUGGGAUAUUAUGGCGUAUUGUUUGCCAGUUUUAAAACCCUUGUUUUUAUUAACUAAGGAAUUAAGUUCUGAAACGCAUGUUUCAAUUUCAAAAGUAUUAGUCUGCAUAAAUCAGUUGAAUGUCUUUUUAAAUUCAAGCGAACAUGAGUUGGCCACGAAAUUAAGAGAAAUGAUGAAUAAAUAUUUUCGUGACAUUGAGCUUAAUUCUAUUUAUAGCAUGUCAAAUAUGUUAGACCCAAGAUUUAAAACGUUAGGAUUUAUGACCAUCGAAGGUGCGGAAAAUGCAAAAAAAUUGAUAUUUGAAAGCAGCAAGGUAACCACAGAAACUGAUGACAAAUCAUUCAUCACUGAUUAUAAUAUAGAAAUGAGCACUUCUUUUUGGGCUAAUUUCGAUACCAGAGUCAGUGCAUACAAUUGUUCUCAUACAGAACAAUUCGGUCCAGCAGCCGAACUGGACUCUUAUAUGAAGGAACCGUGUGCACAUAGGCAAAGUAAUCCUUUGGAGUACUGGAAACUGAAUGCUACGAAGUAUCCACACCUUUCCCAGUUAGCACAAAAAGUUCUGUGCUGUCCUGCGACCUCAGUGCCUUCCGAAAGAAUGUUUUCUAAAGCAGGAAAUAUGCUGUCCAAGAAAAGAAACAAAUUGAAGGAUUCAACACUUAACAAAAUGUUACUGUUAAACAGUGGAUAA